AUGCCACCUCGUCAACUCACAAAACACCAAUACUCCUCUGGUCUCUCCUACGUAGCCAACACACCUAAAUUCCUACAGAACUUCGGUCAGCCUAAACCUCCAUCACCGCCUCCGUCUGGAUCACGCGACGGGACAGGAAGAGAGGCUAUACCUUCCCGACCGAAAGAAGGCAAAUGGGCUGAGGGGAGUGAUAAUGAACAAGCUCCGGAAGACGAGGAAGAGGAAGAUGAAUGGGGAGAAACGUUUGGUGGAGGUGGGGAUGAUGGACCGCAGUUUGUUGUUUUGAAAGAAGGUAGACAUCUGGAUGAAGAGGAGGUCAAAAGGUUAAGGAGGGCAGCCAAAGGCGAAACCUCACCACCACCACCAAUCAAAGCCAAAAUGAAUCCGAAUCAAGACUCUAGCAAUUCUUCAUCACAAUCCAAAGACAAGUCAAAACCUAUAAUACCCAAAACAAAUAGCAAUACCAAUAAGAGGAAAUUAGUGGGUAACGACGAAGCGGAAGAAAAGCAGCAGAAAGAUGUGAAAACAGUAAAUGAUAAAGGGGGCGAGAAGAAGAAGAAGAAGGCUAAGAAGGGGAUGUUAAGUUUCAAUGAAGCUGAAGGAGAAGAUUAG